AUGGAUACACUCGCCGAGGUAGCUCGUGUCGUCAGCACGUGCACGGACUGUCAGUUGCAUGCUGGCCGAACUAAUGCCGUGCCCGGAGAGGGCCCGGACGCCGCUGAAAUACUAUUCAUCGGGGAAGGUCCAGGGUUCCACGAAGAUCGUCUCGGGCGUCCGUUCGUGGGACCGGCUGGGAACUUUCUCGAGGACCUGCUGCAAUCCAUCGGCAUGACCAGGGCCCAGGUGUACAUAGCGAACAUGGUCAAAUGUCGUCCGCCAGACAACCGGGACCCGGUUCCUACAGAAAUCGCCGCCUGUAGCAAAUAUUUAGACCGCCAGAUAGAACUGCUCGACCCCAUACUUAUAGUGACGCUGGGCCGAUUUUCCACGGCGCGAUUUAUACCAGGCCAAAGCAUCAGCAGGGCGCGAGGUCGCUUGAGGCAGGUCAACGGGCGCCAUAUUUUUCCGAUCAUGCAUCCGGCAGCGGGGUUGCGCCGGCAGGAAAUGAGGGCCGCUAUCGAGGAAGAUUUCGCCAAGAUACCUGGCCUGCUGGACGUACUGCGUAUCCAGUCCGAACCGGCUUCGGACAGUUCCCAAAUCCGAGAGGCAACCCCUGCCCUGGAACCUCCACCCGCCAAUCAGGUACCCUCUCUAUGGGAUGUGCCUGGGCCCCCCGAGUCGGGCGUCGCUACUUCUCCAGCCGACCAUCCGUCUGCGGAUGAGAUCGAGAAGCCGGACGGUCCAUUGCCCGGCCAGCAACGGCUAUUCUGUUAG